AGUGAAGAGAACUAUCUGCCACAGAGCGGUGGUAUCUUAACGUCUUUGUUACUUCGUAAUAGGGUCCAUCGAUUACUUAGUGCCAGGUUGAGAAAGGCAGGCAAAGAUCUUUCUUUAUGUGCAUCAUCUCUUUUAGUACCUAUGACAAUCCUCUAAGGAAAUCAUUUCCAGAAAUAUGCCAAUCUGAUCCUAAAGAAUGGAAAUCUUCAAAAGAUCUGAGAAGCAAUCUUGGACAUUUAGAAUCAGAACUUUUGUUUCUAAGCACACUUACUGACAUCAAUAUAAUCAGUUAUUCCAAGAAGACAAAGAACCUAACAAGCACUGAGAUGACAGAAAAGAGUAUAAAGAAAGUUCUGCAGAGACACAAAUUAUCAGGAAAUUGCCACAUGAUUACAUUUCAAGUUGAAUUCCAGAUUCUGGAAGUACAGAAUCAGGAGAAUUUAUCUUCUGUUAUUACUGACCUCAACAUAAUAAUGGAGCCCACUGCAUAUUCAGAACUAAGUGAAUUUGUGUCUAGAGCAGAAGAAAGAAGAGAUCUGUUUAUGUUUUUCCGAAGCCUACACUUUUUUGUGGAGUGGUGUGAAUAUCGUAAACGCACAUUUAAACAUUUCAAGGAAAAGUACCCAGAGGCUGUGCACCUCCUGGAGGGGGCCUCCUCCAGCUACAUGGGGAUCCAGAGUACCAGCCAGCCAGGGUUUGAAUUAGUCAUUGUUUGGAGGAUACAAGUAGAUGAAGAAGGGAAGGUUUUACCAAAGCUGGAUCUUCUCACUAAAGUGCCACAGCAAGCCCUGGAGUUGGACAAGAAGGGAGUAAUAGAAACUGCUCCUCUCAGCUUCCGAACCCUGCUGGGCGUGCUAGGCAUUGAAGUGGCUGUAGAAAGCCUAAUAAGAUUGCUUUGCAUAGAGGAAAACCACUAGUUCCCAAAUAGUAACACCUAGGAGUCAGGUGCUACACCAGGGAGCAUGUGUUUUUAUUGAAUAUAAACAUUUGCUGUUUUCCACUUAGAACCUGUCAGGACAUGAAAAAAUAAAUACAGCUACUUAAAUAAAAACUGGCAAACACUGAUCUGUGGGGAGCAGCUGUGCACCCCUCCCACACCCAGUCUGAGGGCAGAAGCAGGCACCCACCACCUGGGGCUCUUAAAGCAUCAUUGUUUAGACAUUCCCAAGAUACCCUGGGAAAGGUUCACCGCCCUCCCCACCUCCCUGCUGUGGAAAGCAGCACUCGGAGGCAUUUACAGCGCCUCUCAGCAAGUCCUCUGACAUUCUCUCCACUUGGUUAUCCACAAAAAAGGGGAGCAUGAGAUUAAAAACUUCAAUAAGACAACAAAGAUUGCAUUGUCCCUUCACACGAGAUCUUAGUACCCAUUCCUCCACACAGAAGAAACCAGGUUUUCAUUUAAGUCCCCCAGAGUCUAAGUGCUGCACUGACCCCAGUCACCCAUUUAAAAUGUUAGAGUUAGUGAAAACAUUGUUUCAAUCAAAUGAACACCACAGGCAAGAAGAGGCUACGGUGGAGUGAAUAGAGCAAAGGGUUGCACAAAGACCUCCUAGCAGGGGCUAUCCAUCUGUAUCCUCUUCCCCUGAGCUUCAGACUGCCCAGGACAGGCCACCAGGAGGCUGUCCAGUUCACUUCCUCAAGGGGCUAGGGUUUCUGAGCUCCAUGCUUAGGGACCCAGGGUUCUAUGCACAUGGUGAUGCCAGGUAAGACUGUGUAUCAUGAUCAUGUCCCACCUACCCCUCCCCUGUCCCAUGCCAGCAACAAGGAAAAACCUCCAGCCAAAACCACACGACCACUGCUUCUCUCCCCACACCGUGACUUGCAUGAGAACACAAUUCCACUCGUGUCCCCGUAGGUGGAGUCUCCAAAGCUUCUGGACCCCAACACACUGACAUAGAUGAGAGACAUAUGUCAUUUGAGUAUCUUUUUAACCCUCAGUAUAGAAGUAAGAAGUAAAUGUUAGGAAAGAAUUAAAGAAUAAAUUCUAGAAAAACAGGCUUAAUUCAAACAAGUGUAAUUCUCAAGUGAUCAGAAAAUGUCCCCCACAAAAAUUUACAAUCAGCAAAAUAUUCUUAUUUUCAUAUAAUUCCAUGGUUUCACUAAUACUAUGUUACAAUAAACCUUCAUUAAUCCCUCAAACUGAUAUAAAUAAUAAAUCUGUACAACCCACCAUAGAAUAAAAAACUGAAGCCCAAGAUUCCCAACAAUUUUCAUAGCAGCGAGGCACACUUUUGGUGAAUCUAUCACAAACCCUCUUGGUGCCAGCCAGGAGAUGCCUAUCUUGCAUAAGCAGGGCCUUGGGCAGACCUGACCAAAAGUGGCCUGGCACACCGCUCGAGGCUGCAAACAGCACAUGUCUCUAUGAAA